GCAACGCCGUGCACAAUGGCGGCUUCCGUUACGGUCAUAUACUUUUUGUCGAUCGUCUUUAAUAAAAUGUAAAGAUCUGUCGAAAGUGCGCUCUUUUCGACAGGUUCUCGUCGUCUAAAGAUGAUGACAUAGCGAUACAGAAACGCAGAGGUAUUCGUGUAGAGGAUCGCUGGAGGUAUUGGUACACGUUACGAGAAGGGACGAUCUGCCCGCCGCAAAAUGUCAAAGCGACCCGCAGACAGCGGGGACUCGGCUUCCCAGCCGCCCAUUAAAAAAGUUCAAUUCGAGCCGAUUUUAAUCGGGCCUAUAUCGACCCUCGAAGAAAUGGACAUGAAAGUUCUACAGUUUCAAAAUAAGAAACUGGCCCAGCGAUUAGAACAACGUCACAGAAUUGAGACGGAACUGAGGCAAAGAAUUGAACAGUUGGAAAAAAGGCAGAUGCAGGAUGACGCGGUACUGAAUGUUGUCAAUCGUUAUUGGAACCAGUUAAAUGAGGACAUACGUGUAUUACUUCAGAGAUUUGAUGCUGAAACAGCCGAUGAGUCAGAAAAUAAAAAUGAGAGUGAAGCUACAACAUCGUUUCUCAUGCAACUCUCUUCUUGGGAUAAAGAAGAGUUGGAUGACAAAUUAGCAAAUCGUGUCCAAGUCUCCAAACGUGCCGUUUCCAAAGUUGUACAGGCGUUUGAUCGUCUUUCUCAAAGGAAUGAGAAAAUUAUGCUGGCACUGAAGGGGGAAUUUGAUGGAGAGGAGGCACCUAAAAUUGAUGAAGUGGUGCGUAGAGCAAAUUCUGAGAUACAAAUGGAAAAUAGGAAUCUUCAGGCAAUAAACAUACAACUUCACGAGAAAUAUCAUACUAUUUCACUGAAGAUGUCAGAAUUGCAAGAUACUAUAACAGGAAAAGACACACUUGCUGCAGAGCUACGUAAUCAAGUGGAUGAUCUGCAGUAUGAACUGAAUAAAGUGAGAGCACGUAAUGACAAACUGGAACACCAUCUUGGAGAAGCAAUCGAAAAACUAAAAGCAUUUCAGCAAAUACAUGGCACUGAUGAAAAGGGUAGCAAUAAACCAAAUACCCUUGUAGCGUCGAGCGUUUCACAGACAAAGCUUGAAGAUCUUCAGAGAGAACUAGAAGAGACAAGGGAACUAGCAAAUAAUAGGUUACAAGAAUUGGAUAAACUGCAUCAGCAGCAUCGCGAUACAUUGAAAGAAGUAGAAAAAUUAAAGAUGGAUAUACGUCAACUUCCAGAAUCAGUAAUUGUCGAGACCACUGAGUAUAAAUGCUUACAGUCGCAAUUCUCUGUAUUAUACAACGAAUCGAUGCAACUGAAAACACAGUUGGAUGAUGCACGGCAACAAUUACAGUCCAGCAAGAACGCUCACUUGCGUCAUAUCGAAAUGAUGGAGAGCGAAGAAUUGAUGGCACAAAAGAAACUGCGUGGAGAAUGUAUACAACUCGAGGAUGUUCUAGCUCAAUUACGAAAGGAGUACGAAAUGUUAAGAAUCGAAUUCGAACAAAAUUUAGCGGCAAACGAACAGACUGGACCAAUUAAUAGAGAAAUGAGGCAUUUAAUAACGUCCCUGCAGAAUCACAAUCAACAAUUAAAAGGUGAAGUUCAUCGUUACAAACGAAAAUACAAAGAAGCGUCUUCAGAAAUACCAAGGUUUAAGAAAGAAAUAGAAGAACUGACUGCCAAACUAGGCCAGCAAACGUCUCAAGAAAAUAAGGAAGGCAAUAAUUCAGAUGGCAGUGGAAAAGAAGAAGACGCGUCGAAUUCUCUUCCAGGUUCUACACAGAUUAAAGAAGAGAGCGGAGUUUCCAUUAAAAGAGAAUCAGGAGAAGAAGAGGUUGAAACUAUUGAAGUCGGAGAAGGGGAGGGAAACAAAGGUACACCAGAUUCUCUGACCUUAACGUCUCCAACUCUGAAGAAGGAGAAAGAUAUAAAGCGCGAGAAGGACAUCAAGAAGGAGAACGUUAAGACCGAACAUCGCGAUACUGCUCAUCGCACCAAAGACACAAAAGUAGCUGAAUCAGAGCUUGUUAGAGACCUGAAAGCACAACUCAAGAAGGCUGUGAAUGAAAUGAAAGAAAUGAAGCUCCUAUUAGACAUGUACAAAGGUGUUGGUAAAGAGCAAAGAGACAAAGUACAACUGAUGGCGGCGGAACGAAAAACAAGAGCGGAAUUAGAAGAAUUGCGUCAGCAAAUAAAGAAAAUUCAAGAAAGUAAACGCGAGGAGCGUAAAAAAUUGGCAGACGAGGACGCGCAAAUAAAGAUCAAGAAACUGGAGGAACAGGCGUACACGCUUCAGCGUCAGGUGGCAUCUCAAAAGCAGGAGGAGGAGGCUCUUUUAAACGAAAUGGAGGUAACCGGUCAAGCUUUCGAAGACAUGCAAGAACAGAAUUCUCGAUUGAUACAACAGCUCCGUGAAAAGGACGACGCUAACUUCAAGCUGAUGACGGAAAGGAUCAAGAGUAAUCAGCUGCACAAAUUAGCCAGAGAGGAGAAGGACGUGUUAAAGGAACAGGUUUCUACGCUCACGACGCAGGUUGAAGCGGCCAAUGUGGUUGUUCGGAAAUUAGAAGAGAAAGAACGUCUUUUACAGAACUCUUUGGCUACGGUCGAGAAGGAAUUGGCGUUGCGGCAACAGGCAAUGGAAAUGCAUAAACGGAAAGCUAUUGAGAGUGCUCAGUCCGCGGCUGAUUUGAAGCUUCAUCUUGAAAAAUACCAUUCCCAGAUGAAAGAGGCGCAACAAGUUGUGGCCGAGAAGACAAGUUCCCUGGAAGCGGAAGCGUAUAAAACAAAAAGAUUACAGGAGGAGAUUGCUCAAUUGAGACGUAAAGUCGAGAGAAUGAAAAAGAUAGAACUAGCUGAGACUUUGGACGAAGUGAUGGCGGAAGAAUUGCGAGAAUACAAAGAGACUCUCACUUGUCCGUCCUGCAAAGUAAAACGCAAGGACGCAGUGUUGACGAAAUGCUUCCACGUGUUCUGUUGGGACUGUUUGCGUACGCGUUACGAAACACGGCAACGGAAAUGCCCGAAGUGUAAUUGCGCGUUCGGAGCGAAUGAUUAUCAUCGUCUGUACCUCUCCACAUGAGGAAGGAAACUCUAAAUUAUUGGAAAACUCGUGUGACAUCUUUUAAUUCGAUCGCGUGAAUCUUUCGGAAGAUUACGGAUAUGCAUUUUUUCCAUAUAUUUCCUAUUUAUUGUCCCCCGAUCAUUGGUAAAACGGAGAAAUGCGAUCGUAAAAAAAGAAAAAGAAGUGAAAUGUGGUAAAUAAACUUUGUAAAAAAUUUCGAUUAUUUUGUCGAGUGUGUAAUACAAGGAAAAAAUGUACUGCAUUUUUAAAAACGUUUUGUAGUAACUACGCCCGAACGUAUAUAUAUACAUACAUAUGUAUUCUGAUCUCAUGUA